AUGUAUAGCCAUGUAUUGCCGGGUAUUACCAUGUAUUGCCAUGUAUUACCAUGUAUAGCCAUGUAUUACCAUGUAUACCCAUGUAUAGCCAUGUAUUGCCAUGUAUUACCAUGUAUUACCAUGUAUAGCCAUGUAUUACCAUGUAUUACCAUGUAUAGCCAUGUAUUACCAUGUAUACCCAUGUACAGUCAUGUAUACCCAUAUAUAGCCAGUAUUGCCAUGUAUAGCCACGUAAUGCCAUCUAUACCCAUGUAUAGCCAUGUAUUGCCAUGUAUUACCAUGUAUUAUCAUCUAUUGCCAUGUAUUACCAUGUAUAGCCAUGUAUUACCAUGUAUACCCGUGUAUAGCCAUGUAUACCCAUUUAUAGCCAUGUAUUGCCAUGUAUUACCAUGUAUUACCAUCUAUUGCCAUGUAUUACCAUGUAUAGCCAUGUAUUACCAUGUAUACCCGUGUAUAGCCAUGUAUACCCAUGUAUACCAAUGUAUAUUAUCAUGUAUUACUAUGUAUUGCCAUGUAUUACUGUGUAUUGCCAUUUAUUACCAUGUAUAGCCAUUUAUUACCAUGUAUACCCAUGUAUAGCCAUGUAUUACCAUGUACACCCAUGUAUACCCAUGUAUACCCAUGUAUUGCCAUGUAUUACCAUGUAUUUCCAUGUAUUACCAUGUAUACCCAUGUAAUGCCAUGUAUAGCCAUGUAAUGCUAUGUAUAGCUAUGUAUAGCCACGUAUUACCAUGUAUACCAAUGUAUAGCCAUGUAUUACCAUGUAUUGCCAUGUAUUACCAUGUAUACUCAUGUAUUACCAUGUAUGGCCAUGUAUAGCCAUGUAAUGCCAUGUAUACCCAUGUAUAGCCAUUUAUUACCAUGUAUAGCCAUGUAUACCCAAGUAUAGCCAUGUAUAGCCAUGUAUUGCCAUAUAUAGCCAUGUAAUGCCAUGUAUAGCCAUGUAUAGCCACGUAUUACCAUGUAUACCAAUGUAUUGCCAUGUAUUACCAUGUAUACCCAUGUAUUGCCAUGUAUAGCCAUGUAUAGCCAUGUAAUGCCAUUUAUAGCCAUGUAAAACCAUGUAUAGCCAUGUAUUACCAUGUAUACUCAUGUACAACCAUGUAUACCCAUGUAUAGCGAAGUAUUGCCAUGUAUAGCCACGUAAUGCCAUGUAUACCCAUGUAUAGCCAUGUAUUACCAUGCAUACUCAUGUACAACCAUGUAUACCCAUGUAUAGCCAAGUAUUGCCAUGUAUAGCCACGUAAUGCCAUGUAUACCCAUAUAUAGCCAUGUAUUCCCAUGUAUAGCCAUGUAUUGCCAUGUAUUACCAUUUAUUGCCAUGUAUUACCAUGUAUAGCCAUGUAUUAUCAUGUAUAGCCAUGUAUACCCAUGUAUAGCCAUGUAUUGCCAUGUAUUACCACGUAUUGCCAUGUAUUACCAUGUAUACCCAUGUAUUGCCAUGUAUAGCCAUGUAAUGCCAUGUAUAGCCAUGUAUAGCCACGUAUUACCAUGUGUACCAAUGUAUAGCUAUGUAUACCCAUGUAUUGCCAUGUAUUGCCAUGUAUUACCAUGUAUUACCAUGUAUAGCCAUGUACAGCCAUGUAUACCCAUGUAUAGCCAUGUAUUGCCAUGUAUUACUAUGUAUUGCCAUUUAUUACCAUGUAUAGCCAUGUAUUACCAUGUAUACUCAUGUAUAGCCAUGUAUACCCAUGUAUAG